UCCAUCCUGGGGGCUCGCUGACUCCCUGUCUCUUGACACACACUCAGGGGCCUGGCUGUUUUACACAAUUCUCUUUGGUCUCAUAUUUCUUUUGAAUAAAGCUUGAGGCAGAGGGGGAAGCGUAGUUUUACUUUGAGCAUAAGAAGCGGGAGGUGCAUUUGUUUUUGCAAACUUUACACUAAGCUUUUUUUUAGGCAUUAGUGCUGAGUGGUAUUCAGAAAUCACGGCAGCAUCAAAACAUCCUGGGAGGAGAGCAUCAGCACGGGCUGAAACACAGCUAGCGGCACGUGGGGAGCUUUGGGAAUGGGGCUGGCAGCGGGGCUGUGGCUUCAGGGAGGCCUCCUGACACCUCUGUGGGACCCUGCAGCUUCCUCCUCCUCCCAGCUUUUACAAAUCCCCCUCUGGCACCUUCUCCCCGUGCUCCCUGGCGAGGGGAUGCUCGGUCUUGGAAACAGCGGUGUAAAGGUUCAUGUGAGAUGCAUUGUCCAGGCCUUUAAAAUAACAGCUUGACAUUUAGCGGGGUAUAAAAGGAAUAUUUUUGCAGUUUAGCUGGUGGCUGACAAAUAAUAAUAAAAACUGUGUCUGUUUGAAAGGGUGCUUGAAUUUCUGCCAGUUCUGCCACAGCUCUUCUAGCAACAGUUUGUGGGGGUGAAAAAGUGGUAGAAAAAGAGAAGUGUCAAGUAGACAAGGAUAGGAGCUUUAUUCUCCUAGUGUUAUUGUAGUGAUAUUCCUGUAGUACUUUUUUCAUUGUAACAUAACAAAUGAUAUAUUCAAGAAUAAAGUUUAGAGUAGGAGGUUAAUGCCAGAGAGCAAAGAAAGCAGCUGAGGGCGUGAGAGUUGGACUAAGACUUAAAUUGUUUCCCGUUUUCCUUCAGAAAUAUAACGGUCCUGAUGAAUUCUGGAGAAAUUUAAAUAAAAGUGGAUCAAUACGUUUAUUACCACAGAAAAAUGGUAAGGGCCACAGUGAAAGUUGCAGUCUUCACCCAGCCUGAGGAACCAGACAGCACAUCGCCUGCCCGAUGCAUGGGACACCCAGGGUGGCAAGGCUCCUGUAAGUCAAGGGGCUUGGCGUCUGCUCGGCAAGGAUUUUUUUUUUCCUCCCUCUUCAGCUCUAAGUAGCUUUUAUUUUGAAGCUCCCAGUCUGGACUAUUCUUCAGGGAUCUGCCAGGCAGCAACUUUUAAAAACAGAUUCAUCAGAAUGCAUUUUUUUUUUCUUUUUUUUUUGGGUGGGGGUGAGUGAAAAAUUGCCUCAGGGAGCAGUUAGCUUUAGAGAGGCAAGACAUUGCUGAUAGCUGAUUAGAGCCAACUUCAAAAUUGCUACAGGCACUGGGGCCAGAAGCUGGUUUUGGUGGUGAACGGCCAGGUCUGCAAGCUCCUGGGCAGGGGUUGUACUCCCCUCCUUCCCUACGUUUUUGUCUGCCUUCCCCAUGGACCCUCCUGCUUUGAGCAUUGGGUGUAGCUAGGUUCAGCUGAUGUGAUUUUAUUCUACAGCUUUUCCAUACUGCUUGUGAGGAGGACGGGAUAUUACAGAAACCAGGAACAGAAUUUUGCAGUAAUUAAUAAGUUGCCGGGAAGAUCUUCAGUUUCUCUGCAGGGAGAAGAGGCAGUGGGGAUGGAUUUGACCUGAAUGAUGGGGAAAGCUAACCCUUCUAAAGUGGAUCAAAUGUACAUCCCAAAUCCAUGUUCAAAGCAUCAAUUGUGUGGAUAGUGAGAACAGGAUGUGAUCUUACAGCAAGCAUCGCAGAGCCUUCCUUAAAAUAUGCAUUAAGGUCUAAAACCAAAACCAAGCAAAUCAGGAGGUGAAGUCCAUUUUCUCUCUCUUUAUUUUUUCCCUUCAAUGAAGGCAAUACUUUAUAAGAGGCGGUCUCCAAGAUGAAAUCCCCACUAGUCACAGGUGUGUAGUAGUUAUGUGACCUGCUUUGCGUUAGGAUCAAUGCUGUGCUGCACACACAAUAAUGCAGAGUCUUACUCUUCUUGCUCUAAGAACGGUUUUUACCUGUGGGUAUACAAACCCCAUCAGCAGUGGCAGAGCUGCUGGUGCUGCUUUGCUCUUCCAGCUUCGUCUAGCAGAGCCAGCUGGGGAGCAAGGACUGGAUGAGGCCUGGUGAAGGCAAGGGGUGGGCUGUGCCAUGGGGAUAGAACACUUCAUUUUCAACUGAAUGCGGGCUCUGAUCCUCACUUUGCUCUUCCCAGCAAAUCUGUGGGAUUCCAGGAUGGAAAGGCUACAUUUCUAAAGUGGAUGCAAAAUAUUUAUGGCCACAGUGUGAAUUUAUGCAGCACAAUAAAUUAUAUCUCUGUACAGGAGAGAACAAUUACUUGCUAUUUUGUGGUAAUUGACUGGCAAUUUGCUCUUUUUUAGGUAAAUUUAUCAGCAAGAUAAUUGUUCGAAUAUAGACUGAGCACUCCUAAGUUGCAGAGUGGUCAGGAAAGCUACGGGUAAGGUGGUAAUUUCUAAACAAAGCCCAUUGAAGUGGCUUAGGCUGCUUUAUCUCGUUUCUCUGGCUAACAUUCCUUUGGUGGCUGUCACGUGUUUACCAACCAGCAGCCUUCCUUGUUCCUUGGGACUUUAAGUCAACAUGUACACACAGAGAAAGAGCAAGAGCACCACUCCUGCUCCUGAAACUCGGGGCUCUGCAGCUUUGCCCAGCGUGCGUGUACACCACAUGUCCAAAAGAUUUAGCAACCUGCCCCGGGAAGAAAGCUGUGAAACGUAUUAUUUGUGAGAAGAGUGUUUUUGGGGGGAUUUCAUUGCUGGUUUGACUAGUUUUGCUGCUUUAUGUAACAGCAAUUAGGACCUUGGGGCUGAAAUGCUCAGCAUGCCACCACUGUGAAUACCACUGCAAUGGUGCAGCUGAGGAGUCCACAUAUGGUGCUGUUUUCCUUUAUAGCCCUGACCUCAGCUUAAGGGUGGGCAAGGUGACUCCUGAGAUCCCGAUAGCCACGUGCUUUGGUCAAUGAAUAGAGGAAGUGACUGAGAAACCUUCUUGCUGUUCCCAUUGUCCCCAACAAGAAACUUGUCCUUGCAGUGGGGCUGCUGUCAUCAUUUCACCCCAGAUAACUUUCCUACAGUAGCUGCUGAUCAUUGCCAAGCAUGAGGCUUACUGCAGAUGGGCUCCUGUGCUUUGCUGUGCUGUGACACUGCUGAUGGGGAUGAGGACACGGAGGUACGCAAACUCUCCAAGUGAAUCUGUUAUGGCAAUUGCAUUCAUUCACCUGGUCCGUUUGGAGGUGCCCAGAAGGCUAGCAGAACUGCUAUGAAACCUGCUGCAAAGCAAAUACCCAGCUAGAUUCAAUGAAGUUACUCCUGAGGCCACUGGGUUUUUGUCUGUAGUUGGAGUCUUCGUUGUCCUCCUUGCAGUCCUCUUCCUCUUCAUCAACAAGAAGCUCUGCUUUGAAAAGAGAGGUGGACUCUCAUGCCUGGAACAAGGGAGAAGAAAACACUACAGAGAAAAGUUUAGAGUUCGUGAGGGCCUUGGUCUGUUGAUGGCUGUAACCAGAACGUGCGUGCUUCAGAAAAGCUCCCUGAAUUGUAAGUGACAUGCUGGCAAAACCGAACAACUGAUCACCAGAUACCGGCAUAGUGUUAAACAUGGCUUCUGAGGCUGCUCAAAAUUUCCUCCAGCCACUGUCAUCUUGGAUGUCUCAAAUAUAUGAAGCUAUCCAGCAAGCAGGAGACUCUAUAUCAGCUUCAUUGCUGAAUUUGAGCGGAGUGGGUCGUAAGUCAGAGGAAGAAAGAAACCGGGACUUGGAGGACAAUGGAGGAGUUUAUGAGAAUUAUUCUGAGGAAUCAGAAGAUGAAAUACACAUGGACCUGUGGGAUGAGGAAUACACAUAUCCUAGAGAAGACGGUCACAUUGGGGGUCCUGUUCUUGCUUCACAACCCCUCCCUAGUGGCUCUGACCUGGGUCUCCAGAGGCAAAAAUGGGUCAAAAAUACAACCAGCUUACCAGAGCAGAGUGUUGAAAGCACCAGGCCUUUGGCAGCCAACGGAUCCUACUGGCUGAAUGAAGAUUUCCAGCCACUUGAUCGGCUUCCUACUAUCGCUGAGGAAGAAGGUGAGCCCUCUGUGAGGGUCAGAGACCACGAGAACAACCUCAGCGUGGGUGGCUCCACAGAAAUUCAUAAUGGCAAGGCAAGUUUUGCAGAUCUGGAUGGACUAAGCCAACUGAGUUACCAAGACAACCUACCCUAUCGUGAAGAUGACCACGUAUCUGUUGAUUCAAGAAGAACAAUGGAGAGUAGGGGUGCUGGGCAGCAUAAAGGGCCUAGGAUGGAGUCCAGCACUGCUGAUGGCAUUAGCCAGCAAGCCACCCAUGGAUGUUUGGAACUGGAGACAACAUUUUCCAACCAGGGAUUUGAAGGAAAUGAUGCGACUGACAGCUCAUCAGCGUGGAGCCCUGAGGAGCAUGAUGAAGUAAAUAGUGUACCAGAUCAUCACAGUGCUCAUCAGCCUGUUUGUAGAUGUGGUGAUCUAGAUGUCAUCUUCACUUAUAAAGCCUCAAGUCAAAAGCUGGUGGUUACUGUCUUGGAGGCCAGGGACAUCCCAGACAAAGACCGCAGCGGUGUGAACACCUGGCAAGUGCACACAGUCCUGAUGCCGAGCAAGAAACAGAGGGGUAAGACAAGUGUUCAGAGAGGACCCGUCCCGGUGUUCAAGGAUAAAAUUACUUUCAGUAAGCUGGAGCCACACGAGUUAAGUGGCUACGCCAUCCGUUUCCGCCUCUAUGCCGUGCACAAGAUGGUUGGAGAGAAGAUGAUGGGAGAACAGCUGUUCUACCUGAGCAACAUCAGCCAGGAAGGGGAGGUGAAGGUGACACUGAUCUUGGAGCCAAGGAGUAAUUUGACUAGUGCAGACUCUCAGCUUAGUCUGUCAGCAAUCUCUCACAGUGAUAGCACUUCUUCAACACAGUCCCUGUCGCAUGGAGGGGUGCCAGAGCUGCUUGUGGGCUUGUCGUACAAUGCCACUACGGGGCGGCUGUCAGUGGAGAUGAUCAAAGGCAGUCAUUUCCGAAACCUCGCAAUUAAUAGGCCACCUGACACCUAUGGAAAGCUCUGCCUGCUCAACUCCAUGGGCCAGGAGAUGUCUCGCUGCAAGACCUCCAUCCGCCGAGGACAGCCCAACCCCGUCUACAAGGAAACUUUCAUCUUCCAGGUUGCCCUCUUCCAGCUCUCCGAUGUCACGCUCAUGAUCUCCAUAUACAACAAGCGCAGCAUGAAGCGCAAGGAGAUGGUCGGCUGGAUUUCCAUGGGGCAGAACAGCAGCGGGCAGGAAGAGCAGAGUCACUGGCAGGAAAUGAAGGAAUCAAAGGGGACACAGGUCUGCAGGUGGCACACACUGCUCGAGUCCUAAUGGUCACAGGGGCAGCCUGCGGGUCCUGGGACUGUGGGCUGUGUUCCCAGUCAGCAGGAAGCAGCUAUCCCAUGGCAAGCACUGUGCUCUGCCAGGUCUUGUACACUUUAACCUGACUGUCAGUGCCACCUGUCAUGAGCACUGGAAGUGGCAAGGCCUGAGAAGCAAGUUUACUUCUUGUCUUUGCAGGUUUCCCUGCAUUUUCCAUAUCCAAAUAAUUAUCCCAAGGGAAAAGCAAUGGGCAAACCUACAACAUCCCCUCUUUGGGCCUUGUCUUGCUCAUUUUAUCAUACGCCUAACCAUCGCAGUCUGAUUUUGAUGCUGUUUUCUUCUGGGGUAAAUUCUCCCUUCCUUCCUUUCCCUUAUUUAUAUUAAUGAAGUUUGCAAACAUUCUUGACGCGCAGAUAGCUCACAGAUAGGCUAAACUGCAUGCAGAUCACGUUCUCUCUCUCAUUAUCAUGUUUUUGAGUCCUAGAAAUAAGCAUUUGGUACCACUAUGGACUGGAUUUUUCAGGCAGCAUGGGAAAGCACUGUUGAAUUCUCUGUCAACUUUUAAGUGCCUAGGCAUUACUACUGUCUCCUGUACUAACAAUUGAUAUUAUUCAUUAGGACUUAAUACUACCAAUAUUUUUAAUGAGGCACCCUGUGCACUUGUUAGCCUGUAUUGCCAUAGGCGUGCAUGAGAGGUAACUAGCAUCGGUUUUAUAUCGCAGUUAUACAACGCAUGUUUAGAUGCUUACUUGAAGUUCAUGGCUUCUGUCAUCAUGGAUACCAAAAAAAAAAAAAAAAAAAAGACCAGACCAAGCUGCACAUCCACCUUUGUGCCUGAAUCACACUUUUCUGCAUCGUUUUGGCCGUGUGUUACUUUGCUCUGUAAAAGUGAGGUUCAUUCAGAAAAGCGUUCCUGUGAGCAGUGCACAGAAAGGCCUUCUGGCUGUGGUUUCUCUCACUCAGUUAAGCACAACUCAAGUUCUCUGAGGGCUCUUGUUCAAAUGUUCUAUCCUGUAAUGUCUUCUGGGGAUCUGAAAAGGGACCAUUUUUGGCAUGCUGAGCAGUAGGGAAUGCCAGACCACAUCACUUCAUCUUUGGGGCAAGCUCUCCUACAGGCAAGAAAUAGGAUCCAGGGGACCCCUCCUAGAGGGGGUGCUGGCUCUGACGAACCACACCGGAGAAAAGUAUUACGUUUCCUGCCUCUGACUGAAACCAGUGCAAGGAGCAGGCUUGCUGGAUGAGGUGAUGACACUUUUAUGUAGUUAUUCUUCGGACUCUUUUUUGUCAUUUUCCAUUUUAAUCUUUUUUCCUGUCUCUGUGAGUUAAAGUCAAAAAAUGAAAAAAAUUGGAGUCAAUGGAUAGGGAACACGUCUUCGUCUGCUGUCUCACUAUUGAACGUUUAGCAGUCGUUAGCUGUUGCAAAGCUGCGUGUGACACAGCAAAGGAUGUUCAUCCUCUCGUGCAGUGAUGGUACGUAGACAGUAAGGUGCCAAGACAUUCAAAUGCUAUCAUCGGCCUGAUUUCGAUUCCCUGUUCUCUUUAGAAGAGGACUGGCAUUUCUUCAUUCCUGCUGAUGGUAAUGAGACAGGAAAUAUUCUGCUGAAAAGGUUUCUGAGUCCUGAAUCACCUCAUGUUUUGUUUUUGUCGUUUACUAAGACCUGGCACCAAACUCUGCCUCCUGCACCACAAUUGUCUCCUUCCCUUUGAUGGUGCUGUGCAGAUCUAACCAGUGCAAGUUUGGGCACUGGCUUUUUAACCAAAAUUGAGCCUGGGUGCUGGUUUGCCUCACACCCAGUGAAGUGCUAGACUUGGGUUAUCACUUGGUGUGAUGCACACAGGCUUUGUCUGCCCUCGCGGGGCAGUCCAACAAGAAAGAAUAAUCUGUAGGGAGAAGGACUGCAGGUAUAGGUGAGACAAAUUAUCCUACAGGUCAUGGUUAUAGAUAUUCUUACACUUACCUGUCUGAGCACCAUUUCCAGUGAGACUGGUGGGUGUCCUAUGCAGGAGGGUUGUCCUCCACUGCCUAGAUAAGCUGGCAUAGUAUCUGCUUUGCACUACUGGAGCUUUGUAUCGCAAAGCAGGAUCUAACCCAAACAGAACUACGUUUUUGACUGCACUGUUAAUGCUGCUGUAUUACCAAUAGGAGAGAAAAUAAGCAUGUGAGCGGUAAUGAGCAGAACAGGUCUGUGUUUCUUUUACCAUGUACUUUUCUUCUGGAAGAAAAAGUACAGAAAACAGCCCAAUUCAAAAGGUGCAUUUGCUGAUUUCAGAUGUUUUCCAAUCUCUGCAUCUGUUUUUCCUGAACUGCACAAAAUGUAUAUACAAGUGUUUAUAAGCAAUUUUAUUAUCUGAAAUGUGUAUGUAUAAUAAACUUACUGAGAUUCUCUUCGUUACUUCUUGAACCUGCAAAGUAUUGCUUAUGCUUAAUUUAAUGAUUAGCUAAGGGAAAAGCAUAACUUGAUAGUAUGUUUCAGAAGUGAACUGGAGAUAACCCAGGUUUUUAAUUGUCUGAUUAAAAAGAAAUCUUGGAAAA